AUGUGCAAAAUGGCUACUGUGCCAGAUUGGCAUACUACGUGCCUUCACACGCAGAAGUUCGCAAACUCGAGACCUCGUUCUUCGUAUCGAGUCUGUUCAAGAAAUGGUUUCCAAGAUGUGUUCAGACCUUCUUCAACCACCGCUGUUGCCAACCCGAUGCUGUCCUCCCUGGAUGUUAAACGGAUUCUGUUCCAGAAAAUCGCCGAUAAAGGACAGGAACUGAUAAAAGCCUUCCGGCUGCUCGAUGCCAGUCGCAACAUGACGGUGUCCAAGAGUGAACUGAGGCGAAUUGUCACCACCUUCCUGCUGCCUCUCACGAGGGAACAGUUUCAAGGUGUGCUGGCCCAGAUCCCCCUUACCAGCUCUGACGCUGUUCCGUACCUUGAAUUCCUGUCCAGGUUCGGCGGACUUGACCUAAAUAUAACUGUUACAAAGCGGGACAGUGGAAAUGAAAUGAGUGGGUGUCGGACAUUGAAAGAACUUGGAAUUCAAAUAGGAGAAAAGAUUUUAAAAAACAUGAAAAGUGUUAUCAGCGCCCUCAAGCUCAUGGACGUUAACAAGACUGGGCGGGUCCAGCCGCGUGAGCUGAGGCGGGUCCUGGAGACCUUCUGUGUGCAGAUGAGGGACGAGGAGUACCGACGGUUUGCAGAACACUACAACAUUAAUAAAGAUACUGCAGUGGAUUAUUACGCCUUUUUGAAGAACUUCAGUAUAAAUAAUAACUUAAACUUUACGAAUUGUAUGGGAAAUCAAGAGGUCUCACGGGAGAAUCAACAAGUCAGAAACUCCGCAAGGUGCUACCUGCCCACUUCGGGCUCAUCCGAAGCGACCUGGGAAGACGGCUCCUUGGACGAACUGGGGAGGACCUAUUGCCAAGAGCUUUCAAAGUCCCACGAAAUGGUCGAAAAAGCCCUGAGUGCCGGGGACCCCUCCAAAUGUGGAUACAUCUCUUUGAACUACCUCAAGGUCGUCCUCGACACCUUUGUACACCGAUUACCAAGAAGAACUUUCAUCCAGUUAAUGAAAAGAUUUGGACUUAAAACCACCAGUAAAGUCAACUGGAAGCAAUUUCUAGCAUUACUGCGUGAUCCUCGGUGCUUGGAAGUUAACGCCGUCCCCCUGGCCAAAAAAAAUGGCACCGACUCUGGAAAUCAAUGUCGCCGGGAAAAUAUUAUCACCAAGUUAUUAAGAUGUGAAGAUGACUAUAAAUCGUUGAAGAAAGCGCUGCUGGUCAUCAGCACUAAAACGGAUGACCAGAUGAAAGGGGAAGAAUUGCGACGUGUCAUAAAUGGCGUGGUUGCAAAAAUGAGUGACUCAGAAUUCAAAGAACUAAUGCAGACGCUCGACCCCCGGGGCACAGGACUGGUCAGUGUCCACACGCUUAUCGCACUGCUGGAAGAGAACCCUAAGGUAAGAAAACGGCCCCGCUCUGCAGACACCAAGACACCGCUCCCGCUGGCCUGGGAUUCAGUGGGAGAAAUGGUCUGUGAGGCGGUCGGCAGGAACCCCCUGCCUUUCCAGAACCUGCUGCAGUCCUACGACCCGGGCGGCUCGGGGCUCGUGGGCGCACACAGCCUCAAGAAGGUGAUGCACAUGUUCUGUCCGUGUCUGACGGCGGGGCACUUAACCAAACUCUGCAGUGAGUUUCAGGAUGCUGCUUCGGGAAAAGUCCUUUACAGGAACCUCUUGGCAAGCUUGGGAGUUGGUGGCCUGCCCGCCGCCUGUCCGGUUCCUGCUGCAAAGGACCGGCCGCCGCGGGGCCACGUCCAGCAAGAGGAGCAGCAGCAGCCCAGUCACGCUAAGAGAACCAAGCCCACGGAGAACAAAAGCACUUUGACCCGGAACGUGACCAGGGACGAAGCUGUUGGGAAACUCAGAAGCUGGGUAGAGCAGCAGGACCCAGCGUUCAAACACCGGUUUCUUCACUUCGGCAAGGAGCCUAGUGGCAGAGUCAGUGUGCGUGACUUCAGGAAGGUGCUGGAAGACAGUGGGAUGCCCAUGGAUGAUGAUCAGUAUGCUCAGCUGACUGCAAAAAUAGGGUACAAGAAGGAAGGGAUGACUUACCUGGAUUUUGCAACAAUAUUUGGAAGUCCUAAAGUGAGUGAGCCGCAGGUGGCGCCAUCUCAGACGGCAGCUCCUCCACAGAGCGACUUCGCCAGCUACUUCGUGAGUGCUGAGGAGUGCCUGAGGCUCCUCCCCCAGAGACUGAAGGAGUCCUUCCAGGACCUCUACUCCGCCUUCUUCAGGAUGGACACCGACAGGGACGGCAUCAUCAGCAUGCGCGACCUGCACCGGCUGCUGCAGCCGCUGUUCACGCUCAAAGACGAGGAGUUUGAGCGCCUCCUGGGCCUCCUGGGCCUGCGGCUGAGCGUCACAUUGAACUUUCGGGAAUUCCGAAACUUGUUUGAGAAGACACCACCCUCAGCAGGUGAAGCCCCUCAGAGGCUCAUCCGAUCAAAACGGAAGGUCGCGGAUUCAGAACUGGCCUGUGACCAGGCUCAUCAGUACCUUGUUACCAAAGCCAAAAACAGAUGGUCAGACUUGUCUAAGAAUUUCAUCGAGACGGACAGCGAGGGCGCCGGCAUCCUUCGGCGCCUGGAUGUGAAGAACGCACUGUAUGGCUUCGACAUUCCCCUCACGCCGAGGGAAUUUGAAAAGCUUUGGAUGCGCUAUGACACCGAGAGGAAGGGGCACAUCACCUACCAGGAGUUCUUACAGAAGCUGGGGAUCGCGUACUCGGCCGACGUGCACCGGCCCUACAUGGAGGACCUCUCCAACUUCAUGGGCCACUUCACGAAGCCGCAGCCAGAGCAGGAGGGGCGCCCCGAGCAGCAGCCGAGCACAGAGACAGCCGUGCCAGCCAGGCACGAGCUUAAGGACCACUAUCAAGACAUCAGGGAAGCGCUGCUCAGACUGGACAAAUGCAGAAGCGGCUCCGUGUCCCUGGGCCAGGUGCAGAGGGCGCUGCAGGAAGGCGGCUGUCCCCUCCAGGAAGACGAGCUGACCGAGCUCCUGGGCAGUUGGGGAAUCAGCUGGCAAAAUGAUUCCAUCAAUUACCUUGACUUGUUGAGAGCGGUGGAGAACAGCCAGCCAUCAGGACCUGAGCCGAUCGACUUUGCAAAGCUCGGUGCAGAGGAGGUUCUGAAGAGCGUCCAGCAAGUCGUGGCCUCCUCUGGUCUGGCUUUGUCAGAGGCGUUUUCUGCGGUGGAUAAAGAGGACACUGGGUUUGUGACUGCUUCGGAUUUCGGAGAAGUUCUUAAGGAUUUCUGUUACAAACUAACGGAUAACCAGUACCACUAUUUUCUGAGGAAACUAAGACUUCAUCUGACUCCCUCUAUAAACUGGAAGUAUUUCCUCCAGAACGUCAGCGGUUUCCGUGAAGAGACUGCUGCUAAGUGGGCGGAGAAGAUGCCCAAAGGCCCGCCGCCCACGUCUCCUAAGGACAUGGUGAACCCCGAGCUCCUGGCCCAGCUCCACAAAGCAGUGGCUGCCCACUACCACGCCAUCGCGCAGGACUUCGAGAACUUCGACACCACGAACACGAACACGGUCUCCAGGGACGAGUUCAGGGCCGUUUGCACGCGCCAUAUCCAAAUCCUGACGGAUGAACAGUUCGACGGGCUCUGGGGCGCGAUGCCGGUGGACGCCAAGGGGAGGCUGAAGUGCCCGGACUUCCUGAGCAGGUUCGGUGCGGAGAAAGUGGCAGCCCAGCCGAGCACCAGUGACUCGACCAAGGCCCACAGGGGGAGUGAGGUCCCCGGAGCCUCGGAAGGGAGUUCUGUGGGGCCACCGCCCCCCCGAGACCUGAGAACAGGGUCAAAGCUGCGGACUCAGCCCUGUACCCCCGGCAGGGCGGGCACCGCGCCGGGCACGCCCCCCCUGCAGAACUGCGAGCCCAUCGAGAGCAAGCUCCGCGGGCGAGUCCAGUGCUGCUGGCGCACGCUGCUGAAGGAGUGCAAGGAGCGGGACGCGCUCAAGCAAGGCGACAUCGCCACGGCCGAGUUCCUGGCUCUGGUGGAGAAGUUCCACCUGGACGUGAGCCCGGAGGAGCGGCGGCAGCUCACGACCAAGUACGACCUCAGGAACAACGGGAGAUUCGCCUACUGCGACUUCAUUCAGAGCUGCGUCCUCCUGCUGAAGGCGAAGGAGACCUCGCUGAUGCAGAGGAUGAAGAUCCAGAACACCCACCGAAUGACAGAAACCGGCGUGGAGACGUCGUCACUGUACUGCGCGCUGCUGCGCAUCCAGCCCCAGAUCCUGCACUGCUGGCGGCCCAUGCGCCGCUCCUUCAAGGCCUACGACGAGGGCGGGACCGGGAUGAUAGGCGUGGCCGACUUCCGGAAGGUCCUGAGACUGUACGGGAUCAACCUGUCGGAGGAGGAGUUCUUCCACAUCCUGGAGUACUACGACAAGACGCUGUCCUCCCGGAUCUCCUACAACGACUUCCUGCGGGCCUUCCUCCAGUAG